AGAGCUGCACAAAACACACAAUACAAACAACUCGUUUUUUGUUGGAGAAAUUAAUUAUUAAUUCUUGCAUUGCUUGCAUUGAGUCUCAUAAUUUUUAUUCGGGAAACAAAUGUUUUCCUAUUCAUCUAUUAGUUAGAGUUGUUAAGCUAGAAUGUCAACAAACUUAUCAAUAGUACUCAAGAGAGCGAGUAAAGUUUAUCAUGAAGGCGAGACUAUAGCAGGCGUAGCGGUAGUGGAGAGUAACGGCGACGUGCGUCACGAAGGUCUGACGCUGCUGGUGGAAGGAUGCGUCAAUCUGCAGCUCAGCACUAAGAAUGUGGGAAUCUUUGAAGCCUUCUCAAACAGCAUAAAGCCACUAAACUUGUUGUACACAUCAAUAGAGCUAGCACCGCCUGGAAAAAUCCCCACGGGAAUCACAGAGAUUCCAUUUGAAGUCCCACUGCGUGCGCGGCAGGCAGUAUCCCCAGGGUACCCAGGGUUGCUGGAGACCUACCAUGGCGUGUUCGUCAAUAUUAUGUACACUAUCAAAUGCAGCAUGAAGAGGUCCUUCUUGAACAAGCCACUGAAUGCUAGCUGCCAGUUCUUUGUUCAAUACAGACAGCAAGAGCCGCCGCCGCUGAAGCCGGUGCGCUGCGAGAUCACGCCGAGCAGCAUCCGCGCGUCCGCGGCCAGCGCGGGCCGCGUCUCCAUGCCGCAGUUCCAGGUGUACGCAGAGAUCGCCACUACCGUCUGCUCGCUGGACAAACCCAUCACUGGGAAGAUCCGCGUGGAAGAAUGCAGCGUUCCCAUCAAAUCCAUAGAGCUACAACUGGUGCGCGUCGAGACCUGCGGCUGCGCAGAGGGCUACUCGCGGGACGCGACGGAGAUCCAGAACAUCCAGGCGGGCGACGGCGACGUGUGCCGCGGCCGCGACGUGCCGCUGCACAUGGUGCUGCCGCGCCUCUUCACCUGCCCCACCACCACCACGCUCAACUUCAAGAUAGAAUUCGAGUUGAAUAUCGCAGUGAUAUUUGAAGACGACUACCUGGUGACUGAAAACUUUCCAAUACUUCUGUUGAGAAGCAAAUAGAAUUAGAUUACUUAAUACAGACAUUGUAUAUUUCUAGGUGUAAAUUAAAUAUAAUUAUUGUAUAUAACAAAAUAACUUAUGAAAAACUAUAUGUUUUUGUAUAAAGAAUCUGUAAAAACUCAGAUCCCAAAACAGAAUUUGAUGUCACUAUACCUGAAUUAUACUUUUGAAAUAAGUCA